GGUAGUAGUGUAAGUAAUAGUAUUGAUAGUAGCGGAGGUUUCGGUGGUGGUGCCUCCUUUCUAUCCAGUAAAAUCUCACAUAAACAGAACAACGUGAAUGAUACACAACACACAAGUAAGGAUGGAAGCCAGAGGUUCUGUCUCACCUCUGACCAUCACUACAAUGUAUUUUGGAAUCUUACUAACCCUCCUCUCUACCAGCCAACUUCCACAGGUGUUGGCAUUCCUUGUGAUAGAUGGACCAAAAGACCAUGGUGUGUCUGUUAAAUCAAACACGACCUUCUUUUGCAAAGUGUACGACACAAACUUCUCAGGCCCAGGAGAUUGGGAACCAUUUUUGAUAUCCUGGAGUUUCCAACCAUUAAAUGGUGCACCGACAACCAUUCUGGAAGUUGAAAUUCAUCGGAUGGAAUUUAUUCAACAGUUAAAUAUUAAUGAGAAUAAAUACAGUACAUCAAAUGGUUAUGAACUGCAUGUUAAGUCUGUGACUUUCUCUGAUGCUGGAAAUUACACCUGUAUGUUAAAUAUAUCUGAUGAGAAAGUUGGUGCCUCACUCUUUGUCUUGGAAAAGCCGCACUGCUCCAUACCACCAAUGCCAUUAAUGGUCAAUGUAUUAACCCACUUUAACUGUUCAGUCAAUUAUGCUGGACUGAAUGCCCCACAUCUGGAAUGGUACCAUGGACCAGAUAUAAUGGACACAGACAGCAAUAUAACCAGUUCCACAGUGUCAUCAACACUGACCAUUUCUGCAACCAGAGACAAAAAUGGACAUAUCUUCACCUGUUAUGCCAAAUAUGAAGAACAAACCUUCACUACAUAUUGUCAAACCAUUCCACCCCUCAGUAUUUACUUUCCUGUUCGAGUAGAAACAACUUAUGCAGAACCCCGAAAGAGAUACAAUAUUUACUCCCGAGGGGAUGAUGUCUACUUACACUGUAUUGCGUUUGGUAACCCGAUCCCUGACUACCACUGGGUGUACACCUCACCAGACAGUCGCAACCAUUUUGUGCUUUCCCAGCUCAAUUACUAUCGGAUCCGAAAUGUCCAGAGAGGAGAUGAAGGCAACUACUCUUGUAGAGUGACCAACAAAUACAAUGGCCAGACUUACGAGGAUGAAAAAAUCAUUCAGAUUAGAAUAACAGAUGAUCAGAAACCGUUUUUACAACAUACAGCGAAAAAAUCCUUUCAUUACAAUUUCCCUGUAAAUACAAUUUCUCCUUACACUAUCGGUGCUGUGAUUUCGUCUUCAUUGGCAGUCAUUCUUAUUAUUGUCUUCAUUGUUUUAGCUGUACGCUUGAGGGCUAAAGAACGAAGAAUUCGGGAGAAGCUGGCACGAUCACAUGAUGAGAAUUUAGAUGAUCAAGAAGUGGAGCUGUUGGAUGAAAAUAUACAACCCAACAAUGAAGAUAUAGGUGAAUAUUCUGACAACAGACAUGGAUGGGAAAUACCUCGACGCUUCAUAAAAUUACAUGAACUCAUUGGUAAAGGUGUCUACACUGAAGUAUGGAGAGGUAAAAUGCAGAAAAAUCCUGCCAGAGAAGAUAUGGUUAGGGUUGCCAUUAAACGACUUAUGGUUGAAGCCACUGACAAGGAAAAAAAGUUCUUUCUGGAAGAAAUGGAAGUGUUAAAAAUGCUGCCACCUCACCACAAUAUUAUCCAUCUCAUUGGAUGUUAUACACUCCAUGAGCCACAGCUGAUUGUGUUAGAAUAUGCAGCAGAAGGUACACUCAGAAACUAUCUACAACGGCACCGUCUUGGUCAGCAGGAGAUUGAGAUUAACUCUGGACACCAGCAAGCUGUCAGAUUGCGUAAUUAUGCUCUGACACCACAAAUGAUGCUCAACUUGGCAACCCAGAUUUUGAGAGGAAUGGAACAUCUCUUGAGAUUUAAGCUUAUCAGUUACCGUUUAACUUCAGCCAGUGUUCUAGUAGCAAAAGGUGGUGUGAUCAGGUUGACUGGUUUUGGUUUCCAGGAAGAUGUCAUGUCUCGGAAUCUAUAUGAAGCAACAUCAUUGCCAGUACGAUGGAUGUGUCCAGAAUCUAUUAAAGAACGUAUCUUUAACAUUACAACUGAUGUUUGGGCUUUUGGUAUUCUUCUGUGGGAAAUCAUACAUUUUGGUCUGACACCUUACCCAACUAUGGGACCACAGGAAGUGUGUGAGAAGGUUACCAGUGGAUAUCGCAUGCCACAGCCACCACAAUGCAGUGCUGAAUUGUAUGGCUUGAUGUUAUCCUGUUGGCAGAGCCACCCAGCCAAUCGGCCCUCACUGGAAGAACUACAUCAUUUGUUGAAAAGCAUGAGCAGGGUUUAUUCUGAACAUAUAUUGUUUGAAAAGAUACCAGAGUAUCAAAGAGCUAGCCCUUAUGAUCAAUUAGAUAGUGAUUUGUGAAAGUAGUCAGAGGUUAGGUGCAGUGAAUGAUGAAGAAAGGAUGUCUGAGUAGAAUGAAGGAGGAAGUAUGUGGAAAACAUGACACAAAUAAACAAAAA